AUGAACUCUGAAAUUAAGUACUCUAUUACUACAUUUAGCAGCAAAGGAACUUUAGCACAAUGUGAAAGAGCACUUACUGCCGCUACUAAAGGUGCUCCAGCUCUUGGGAUACGUGCUUCUAAUGGUUUAGUACUGGCUUCUUUAAAAAGAACGCCAUCUUUACUAGUUGAUAAGAAUCGGAUUAAGAAAGUGUUUAAAGUAUGUGAUGCAAUUAUAGGUACAUUUGCUGGAUUAAGUGGGGAUUUUAGGUUAGUACUGGAAACGGCUAGAGAAAUAGCAGUUGAUUACUACAAGAUUUAUGGCCGGUUUCCUUAUGUAGAUGCAUUUAUCAAGGAGUUCUCUAAGGUGGUGCAAGAGAAGACGCAAAAAGGUGGAUUACGACCGGUAGGAUGUAUUUGUUUAUUUGGUGGGUUUGCUCCGAUUAGGAAGGAGAUAGAGGCUGAUGAUGAAGGUCGGGUGGUGAUUACGGAGUUGGAUAGGGAGAAGAUGCAACCUUUGCUCUACCAGAUAGAUCCAUCUGGUUCGAUCAAGUGUGUCUUCUCAGCUGGAGUUGGGAAGUACUAUAAAGAGUCUUCUCAGUUUCUGGCUAAUCGCUGCAAUGCUGAAACAGAGAUUUAUGAUGCAGUAAGUAUUGCUAUUCUAGCCCUGAAUGAGAAUGCCGAAACGGCCUUAACAGAAGAGGACAUGGAUUUAUGCACAAUUACUCGGGAAGGUAUCAAAAUGUAUACGGCCCAGGAAAUCAAGGAGGUCAUUGAUAGCAGUCGUACUCAUCAUUAA